AUGUCGAGGGCUGCGACUACACCACCGGAGACCUCUGCAUGGGCCAACAGGAAAUGUCUCAUCUUGUGUUCCAUCGUGGCAGUUGCCAACAUGCAGUACGGAUUCGAUAGCGCCGCAAUUGGCUCCUUGCAGGCCAUGCCAGGAUUUUUGGCAGUCUUCGGAUAUCCCGAUCCUUCAUUGCCCACAGGAUACGGCAUAGAUAGUACCGUCCAACAACUCAUCGGAUCUCUAAUGACAGCAGGUGCCUUCCUCUCAUCACUGGUGGCUGGGGCAUUCAGCGACUUUCUUGGACGCAAGUACGCAUUAUGGGCGGCCUGCAUUCUGAACUUUAUCGCCUGCGCCGUCCAGAUCGCCUCGUCAAACGUCGGUGUUCUUUACUUUGGUCGUCUCCUUCUCGGCUUCGCUAAUGGGUUUUUCGUCACUUUCUCCAACGUUUACUGCGCUGAGGCAUCCCCCGCCCAUAUGCGUGGGGUCAUGGUUGCCCUCUUCGCAUACUGGGUCAACAUCGGCGCAAUCUUCGGAUCUGUCGUUGACAACUACACAAGCACACGCAUGGACAAGCUCAGUUACCAGAUUCCGAUUGCCUGCCUGUUCAUCGUCCCGGUCCUUCUUGGGUUGGGCCUCUUCGUGGUUCCUGAGUCGCCACGCUGGCUUCUUGUUCGUGGUCGAGAGGCUGAGGCUCGCAAGUCGCUGGACAUUCUGCGUGGCGGUUCCACCGAGCAACAAUGGACUGAAUAUGAAUGGGACGAGAUGGUCCGGGGAGUAGCAGCGGAGAAAGAGAUUGCGCAGGGGGUGGCAUGGCAGGAUAUGUUCAGAGGUGCCGACUUGCGCCGCACUCUUCUCUGUUAUGGCAUGAUUGGUUGCCAAACAGCUUCUGGAUCGUGGUUCAUCAUCGCGUAUUCGACAUAUUUCUUCCAGAUUGCAGAUAUCACGAAGGCUUUCCAAUUCUCUAUCAUGAAUACGUGCAUUGGAUUCCUUGGCGUCAAUUGCGGCAUGUACGCGAUUCGGCACAUCUUCGGUCGCCGGUCUAUCCUGAUACUUGGAGCGUUCCUUGUUGGGGUAUCCCAUCUGGCGUAUGCUAUUGCAGACACGGUCCAUCCCAAUACAGAGGAAACCGGUCAAAUCAUCGUUGCUUUCAUGGCUCUCUUCCAGUUCUCCUAUAAUGGCGGUGUUGGCGCUGCCAGCUAUCCCGUCGCAACCGAACUUGUCAGCUCUCGCUUACGUGCCUGGACUGUUGGCAGUGCGACCGCCUUGGGCUACAUCCUAGCGUGGACCACCAGCUUCUGCACACCUUACUUUAUCAAUCCUCAAGAUCUGAACUGGGGUGCGAAAUACGGAUAUAUCUGGGCCGCUUCGAAUGCGGUUUGCAUCGUGUUCUUUUACGUAUACAUGCCGGAAAUGAAGGGCCGUUCUUUGGAAGAACUCGACGAGAUCUUCGAAGCGAGAGUUCCAGCCCGGAAAUUCCCCGAAUAUGUCUGCCACAUUUCCCAAGAAGCUGCACAUGACGUCGCGACGCACCAUAUACCACAUAUUAACGACAAGCCAUCUAUCGAGUAUGUGGAAAACACGGUCGAAGAGAAGUACACUGAGUCUGUAUAA